AAGGAUGCUGGGUAAUACAUCUACUUUUCCUUCUCGCCAUGCGGGAGGAGGAACGAUUGUGCUUCAGCAAAUCUUCCUGAAUUUUGACCGAAUGUUGUGAAUCCUCGACGCGUGACACCCCUGAUCACGACUUUAGUGGACUAAAACAUCAUUCGUGCAAUCUUCGGGUCCAGUUGGAGUCGUCUCGUGCACGUUGAAGCUUCUCGGCCUAGCCUUAGCUUAGUUUAGCUCAGCUUAGCUCAGUUUAGUUUCGCUUAGCUUAGCUUGCUAACAAAGAGACACGUUUGUGAUCGACACUUCGUUAAGCAGAGAUCAAGCGUCAGGUAAACUGUUCUUCUCUCCGCCACCUACUAAGCAGAAAGUGUUGUGAUCGUCGUGUGAAAAUGUUUGCAAGGAGGACAGCAGAGUACGAGGAGGAACUUUGGGGACCAAAAGUGGAGAAGGAGCCACGUCGUCAACUACUGGACGCUGUUUUCAAUCUGCAGCCUCGAAUUGUGCUACGCAGAGCAGACAUCACUGAAGAUCUUCGUACUGGGGGGCAGGAGCCAGAGCCCCCUCACAUUAAAGAGGACGUGGAGGACGAAGAGGUCCACCACAUCAAAGAGGAAGAGGAGCCCAUUUCGAUUAAAAAAGAGAAGGGAGAAGCAUGCCCCCACAUCAAAGAGGAGGAGGAGCCUAUUGCGAUUAAAAAAGAAGAGGAAGAAGUGUGCCCCGACAUCAAAGAGGAAGAGGAUAUCACCAAGUUUCCAUCGACUGGUGUCCCUUUGAAGAGUGAAGAUGGUCAGAGUGAGGAGAGCAGAGGGGCGAAGCCUCCAAGCCGCAGCUCAGGCCAACACAUGACAACAGAAGCUGAUGGAGACCACUGUGGACGAUUACAAGCAGACUGCCUCUUAGCUCCACUUUCAGAUAUUGUUGGCAUGACGUCACACUCUCUUCACACUGAUGUUUACAACCGGAAGUCAGAAGGUGAUAUGACGUAUCACACUGACAACAAACAAUGGAAAUGUUCUCAUUGUGGGAAAACAUUUUCUAAAAAGAGCAAGUUCAAAGAACACGUGAGAACACACACUGGAGAAAAACCUUUUUCCUGCUCAGUUUGUGGUCAAAGAUUCACUCGGAAGGGACACUUGAAAAGACACACAAGAACUCACACUGGAGAGAAACUUUUUUCCUGCCCAGAUUGUGGUAAAAGAUUCACUCAGAAGACAAACUUAAAAAAACACACAACAACACACACUGGUGAGAAACCUUUUUCCUGCUUAGUUUGCGGUCAAAGAUUCUCUAAAAAGACAAGUUUAAAAAUACACACAAGAACCCACACUGGUGAGAAACCGUUUUCCUGCACAGUUUGUGGUCAAAGAUUCUCUGUGAAGGAAAACUUAAAGAUUCACACAAGAACACACACUGGUGAGAAACCUUUUUCCUGCACAGUUUGUGGUCAAAGAUUCACUCGGAAGGGAAACUUAAAAAAGCACACAAGAUCCCACACUGGUGAGAAACCUUUUUCCUGCUCCAAGCUGGUUUUGAACUCCUUAAUCUCCUGGUGUAAUAGAUCGAGAAGUGAUAGCUUCUUGUCAGUGGAGGAGAGGACUUGAAUAUGGGUGUCGGGAGAGCAAAGUUGUAAAUCUUCAGCAGCUAGUAGAUGAGUUAGCCUUUCAUCUUUUCAGCGGAUUGCUGCGGUCCUAGUACUAGCUGUGAACUGGCCCAGACUAAGACUAAUAAUAAAAUGUAAAGCACACGUAAAGAGAUCACAAAAGAGAAGAAAGCUAUGUAACGGACACGCCAUUAAAGAUGACACCCAGUAACCCCCAGUCUCGUGCUAUUCGGCAUACCUGCCCCUUUUGGGUGCCUGACAAGACAUCUACAGAAAGCCUGUUCUAUGUUUCAAAGGAGAAGCAUGCGCGUUAACUUAGCACACAGCUGCCAAAUGAAUUACCAGCCAGUCCGAAGUAGCUCAUCAAAGCUGAGACACUGACAACUGGUUUUUCACUCGGACGCAAAGUUAAUUAACUUUAACCCACAGCCAGCCUGAAGAGUCUCACCAACUAAGACUUCUUUUUUUGGGUUGGGGACACUGGAAUUGAUGACCAAGAAGGUGAGGAACCCGCUGUUUGGUGGCUUUUGAUUAAGCAACAGUGACAUUUGUUCCUUCUGUCUGGGACAAUGGAUGGAACACUAGCGAAACCCACAGGUGGCGGAAAACUUACUGCAACUCCGGAGGAACGACUCACAAUCUUCACUGGAUUUGAAUGUUAUAUGAAAAUUAAAGAACGCCUUAGUGUUACCAUCGCAAUAGCACCACCAGUGAUUGUAUUUCUGCAAAUUUGAAAGUCUGAUGUUAAAUCUUUUUGUCAACUGAACUGGAUGAGACGUUUCACCCCACACAACACACAUGCCACAUUGCAAAUAUUAGUCUUCUCAACAACCACAUACAAUUGAAACAUUCGUUAGAGGGAUUAAAGAGGAUGUGUGCGUGACAAUGCAAUGCUGGAAAUUGGUCUCGUUAUCUUAAAUCCAACAAUUAAUAUUUUAUCCCACUGGUUUUAAACCACAAAAUAAUCCUAGGAUGGAAAAGUAAAAUUAAGAGGUGGUCCAUCUCCCCUUUUGGUCCCAGAAGGGGGGCACCACCCCCUUGGUGACUGGCCAUAAAGGCUGGAGCCCCCUUUGUUUGCUGCUCUCGUUCGACCAACUUGCUGAAAACUGACUCAGGGAGCCCCACCUCGCACCAUGAGGUGGCGAGGACACAUCGGACCCUUCCCCGGCGCAGGGCAUCCUGACAGCGCUCCGAGCUACCCUUUUGGGUGCCUGGGCAAACUCCAUUGGGAAGGAAGCGGGCAGCGCACGUCCGCGCCAAACGUCUUGCGAACAGUGACAUCUGGGCUCCGGCCGCCCUGCCUGGGAACAUUUUGUUUCUGCGCUAGCCAUUUGUCUGGGCUUAUUUCUGAAGGUUGUAACAUCUGUUGUUUGCCUUAUAAAGAGUGGAAUUUUCUGGCACCUAACCCUACCUCAGAGUACAAGCACUCCUUUGUUCAGACAGACACAUAGUCGCGACACUCAUGGAACUAUCAGUCUCCAACAUGUUACUUCUUGCCAAUAAACGACAGACAUUUGGUCUCCUGAAACAUCAAUGGCUUUUCCUCACAUAAAAGAACUAAAAAUGUGUUUUUUGCAUGAAUACUUAUGGCUAAUAUUUUAUUUUACUUUUACACUCCUAACCCAACUUCAAUAAUUAAUACAAUUCUCAUUCGCACACAGUUAUUGUCCGCACAUUAAUUGACAAUCUAGAAACAAAAGCGACAUGGUGGCGAUGAUUACUGACUGAGUGAUGCAAUGACAGUGAUAACUGUGACUUUGUAGCACGGGCACCUCUGCUCUAUUGUCAUGUCUGUUACCUGAUGUUGAAUGCAACAUUGGAACGACACUGAUUUAUGAUAGGCUAUUUGCCCAAAAAUAUGAUCGAAAAGUAGAUGAUGUAUGAUUGACUGCGAGAUCAUCGUGUGGAAUAAGUGACGAAGGGACACGAGGACCGAACAACGACUCAACCGGAGAGAUGUGGAGUAAAUCAUUGUGAAGCUCUCUCCCGGACAAGGAAAAUGAGGAGUAUGCAUGCUAUUUAUUGUUAAUUGUGUCAUUAAUUAAGAGUUUUAAACUAACUUGGGCCAAAACCUUUUGACUUUUGACCUUUAUUUCACACUGUUUUUCUCAUGAACUAAAACAGCCUUAAACAUUUUGGAUUUGGCAGUUUUUCACUGCUGUCCACUUUCCUGUACCAAAGCUGGUGCAUGCGGCCUAACGUCACGACAAGAAAAAUGUCAAAAGCGCAUUUUAAAGGCAACGUUUCGAGCCAGUUCUAAUUUGCAUCGGAUUUCUGAUGUCUGGGGAUAUUCACCAGUGCCCUGGUCCGGGCUGAAAUAUGUGCUGAAACUGAAUUUUAAUUAUUUUACAUUUCAGUUACUAAACUUGAAUAAUUGCAUUAAAAAAAAAAUGUGACUAGUUACAUUUGAAAAAAAGUAAAUGUUAAUUUGGAACUGAAGUUCAAUGAACGAAAUGUAAUUCAGUUUCUCCGAGAUUAUAUUUGAUCCUCGCUGUAAAUUCAACUCGAUAUAUGUUCACAUUCAGUGCUCAAAAUUCAAAUUCAGUUCUCUAAAUUAAAUUUCCAAUUAGCUAUGGCAACAGUCCCUUUGUUUUUGAGCAAAGAAGAUUGUGACUGGCCUGAAUGUGAAAUCUCCAAACCAGCUCUUAACCUUCAUGCCACCUUUCCUUAACUUUUGUGGAACAUGUUAUUUGUGUUUGGCAAAGAGUGAAUUCGACUCCAGCGUGAAACUCAGCUUUGGAGCUAGACCACCAGAAGCACUCAUGAUUCCAUUUAUGCUUGUAUUUCUCUCAAAUGGGGUGUCGCUGACAGUGAUAAAUACUGAGAAGACAAAACUUAUAAUGUUGACAUUCUCUGUCCCCCAAUAGUCUUUAUUAAAUGAGAAGUUGGCCUUUAUUUCUUAUGGUGUAAAUUGUAGAUGAUGAAAAUAACUAAUAUGAUGUAGGACUUUAAUGAGUUACUAACUUUAGGGGUUUCCAUUAUGUUUGAUAUUGUCAUGGGAAGACCUGACCAUGUUGACAGUGUUGCGUGAGUUACCGUAACCCAGAUGUUUCAGGUGAAUGUAUCCAACAGCAGUUUCGGAUUGGGUUGUAAAAAAUGCAAAAAUAUGACCGAGCUCACCAGGAGUUGAACUAGCGUCUUCUGAUCCAUUGAGCCACUAGCCCCACAAAAAGGCCACCUCCUCUGCAAGCCCCCAAUGGAUGAUUGCCACUUCCACAAGCAAACUCCAGUCAGCAGCGCUAAAAAGGCUUCGUUGCUGCCGUGACCCACAUUUGAACCGGGGUUGCUGAGGCCACAACGCAUAGUACUAACCACUGGGAGUAUGAUUCGUGGUUGCUGAUUCGAUUCAACGAUACAAUCCGAAAUCAGUGUUUGGAAAUCGAUUCAGUAAUUUUUAGCCCAAAAAUGUAACCUGUGUGACUG